UGGCUCUUAAAACUUGAUGAAAAGUUUCGUUUAGAAAACUGGCAAAUUUUAUUGAUAGUUGAUGGUGCGACGAGUCAUUAUAAUCUUAAUAAUGAUAAUAGUCAAGAUGCAAUAGAACUAGAUGAAGAACCAGAAAGUGAAGAUGAAGAAGAUAAAGAAUCAGAGAGUAAAGAAUCAGAAAGUAAAGAACCAGAAGGUGAAGAAGAAUCUGAAGAAGAAAUCCAUACAAGUACAUCCAAAACCCUGCAUGCAUGA